AUUUUACGUGUGUAAGUUUCAAAGUGAAAUGAAUAAUCAAAGCAAUGGAAGAUAGCAAUGAAGAGAUUGAGCGCUGUCGCAGCGUUGGCCCGCAUGAAUUGGAGGCUGUAAAAAGUCAAGCCAUUAUCAAAUUAUCACCUGUACAUGUGCCAGCACACUUUAAGCGACUGGAAUGCAAUACAAACCUUAAUUUGCCACCACUUAAUUGGCUAACAACCUCACAAAGCAGCCAUGGACUACAUCAGGCCUUGUAUCAAAGUGGUGGCUUUGCAAGUUUUCGCCUGGGACAAAUGUUUCCCGAUUGUGUGGGUGAAGUGGAUGUGGUAUCGGAUGCCGAGAACAUAAAACAACUGCUAAAGCUGCCCUACACUGCCAAUAGUCCCAUUAGCAUGGUUGUGCACAAAGUGGGUAAUACGCUGCUGCUGGACGAGUUUGAUAUACAAAAGUAUUUGCUGCGUAAGGCGGAUGAUGAUUGGAAAUGGUUGCGCAGCUUUAUAUUGGAACAUAUACUUACCUAUGGCGAUGAGCAACACAAUUAUUGCCUGAAGGAGCGUUCCAGGGAAGCGCUGCAAACCAAGAACUUGCUUUCCAAGUUUCUCUAUCACAGUCUCAAGCAAACUGGAGAUGAGGAUAAGCAUAAGCCCACGCACCUAAGCAGCAUACGUCAAGAUUUGCCUUUGUUGGGCCCAGUGCUUCCAGAGCCCAAGAUUGAGGAAAAUGUACCGGAUCCAAAGUCAAGCCAUGCUUUCAAUCGCAAUGUAGUGUGGACUUUUGAGGAUAUACGCAUGCUAAUAGGUACAGAUAUGCCCAUAUUCGGUGGUCCCAAUCGUCCCUGUAUUAGUCUCCGCCUGCGCGAUGCUGCACAGCCCAUAAAUGUGCUCACCGGCAUAGACUAUUGGCUCGAUAAUCUCAUGUGCAAUGUGCCCGAGGUGGUUAUGUGCUAUCAUAUCGAUGGCAUUGUUCAAAAAUACGAAAUUAUCAAAACUGAAGAUUUGCCUUAUUUGGAAAACUCGCAAUUCUCACCCAAAGUGGUUCGAAAUGUUGCUCAGAAUAUACUAGCUUUUCUCAAAGCGAAUGCCACCAAGGCGGGGCACACCUAUUGGCUGUUUAAAGGGCGCAAUGAUGAUGUGGUAAAGCUAUAUGAUCUCACCACGCUCUGUCAACAGGAGCAGCAGGCGCGCGAGAAACCUGAUUGCCCAGCGCCGGAGCAGCAACAGCAAAUGAAUCCCUUUACUGUGCCCGUGGGCAUGUUACUUUAUUCGGUGGCACGCAAUAUGAAGAACACACUGGAGCAUAUAAGUCCCAAGACAGCGGGCAAUAUACGCGCUUUACUAGACAACUGCAUCAAGCUGCUACCUAAGGAACAAUAUCCACAAAUUGUUAGUUCCUCGCAUUAUAUAUUAUCCGACUUGCAUGUGCCUGCUGGCAUAGAUCCCAAGGCGCCUAAGUUUAAUGAAAGCCCCUCAACUUAUGAAGAUGAAGAAGACGAGGAUGAAGAGGAAGACUAUGAAGAAGAGCUAGCUUUUGACUUGCAGCAAGCAAAGAGCUAUCAAAGUGCUGAGCAAAGCGGCGGCAAAGCCAACGUAGCUGUGCGUCAUAUCUGCGAUGCUUUGCGGGAUUUCAAAUCGCAUACCAAACCAGCCAAGCCGGCGCCCUUAAUAGCCAGUACGCUGGAACGUUGCAACACCAGCUUGCAGCACAUCGCCGCAGGCAUAAGUUGUCUGCAGUAUUUCGAUGGCAAUCAGGAGGAGAAGUUGAAGAAAUCCGAGCUGUUGGCUAAGCAGGAGGAGAAACAACGCAUUUUACAUGAGGAGCAAAACCCGAACAUGGCCAAACCCUUUAAUGCCAUACCACUACCCUAUGAGCAACUAAAGCUGCCACAGCCACACGCACCUGUGCCUCAUCCCAGCAAGAAGGCGCUGAAAGGCAAAAGCAAACGCAGUAAAUCAAAGGAACUAGCCAAACCUACACAAAAGCUUAGCGCCAACUUUAACUCGCAACACUUUGGCAGCUGGAAUGUGCAUCUAAAGCUCUUGCUCUUGGAGAAGGCGUGUCUCACCUAUGCUACGCUAGCAGAGCAUCAUUAUGAAGUGCAAGCCUAUGGCGCUACUUUACGCGCCAUUGAGCUUGCCUAUCGCUGCCAGCAGGUGCUCAACAAGUACAUGGCCAAUGCGGUUUCACAGCAGAGCUGUCUGCUAGGACGUGGCGGUGAUUCAUGCUUUCAAAUGACCAAGCAUUGGAAGCACAUAGAAGAGUACAUGCAGCAGUAUCAGCAAAUGGACGAAAGCACGCAAUUAAUAGCAGAGGAACUAGCCAUGGAGCUCGAAGAAUUAGAGCUGCCAGCGUUUGCUCCAUUGAAGAAUGUGGAACAGGUUAUGCUGCAAAGUUGCAAAUGCUAUGAACUGGCUUUGGAGCAUGCGCAAAGCAUUGAAAGCAAUGAGCUCCUAAGACGCUUGGGGAAUGUGCGCAAUGAGUUGGGCUUAAAGUACAUGUACUCAGCGCAAGAGGAGUACAGUCAGCUUAAAAGUAAAAAGGAUGACGCAGAUAAAACCAGCACAGAACCCAUGUAUGUCACAUUAACCGUCAAGUCUUAUGAUUGCCUUAUGCGUGGCAUUGAAGCCUUCACUGCCUGCCAGGAUAGUGUUAAUUUAGCCUUUCUUUACUGCAACAUGGGGAGAUUUAUGAGGCUGCGCGCGCAUCUGGCAUUGCCAAACGAAGAUGUAAUUGCAUUGGACACACAAAAAAACUUUUACCAAGAGGCCUUUAACUAUUAUGAGAAAGCCAAGGACUGCCUGGACACACGUAAAGCCAAUGCAGAGCUUUGGGAUUUGGUGCAGUGGGAGCUGUCGACAGCGACUUUUACCUUGGCCAAGCAGCUGCAGGACUUUAGCACUGCAGACAAGUCUAGUUUAGCUGAGGCCUCCAAGGAGGUGUUGGACUUGCUGCAGAAAUCUUUGCGUCUAUGCGAUGUCGAACAUGCGGGUGCCCGUCAAGUGUUAUAUAGCUUUCGAUCGGGUUUGAUACACAAGCGCAUCGCCAGCUUUCACUAUGCACAGCUGCGUGCCUUGGGCGCUUGUGAGUUGACGCAGUUGCCCAAAGCGAUGGUGCAACUUUGCAAAUCGCAUUAUGAGAAAGCAACCAACAUACUUGAGAGCCUUAAGGAAGUGCGUGAACUACUGAUAGUGCAACUAGAGCGCAUAUCACUGCAUGAAUUUUUAGCUGAGGUUUCAACACAUGCUGCUCAAAAGUUAAAGCAAAUGCAAAUGGCUUUAGAUAUUUGCUUGCAGUGCCAACCUAUAUUUGAGACUAAUAAUAAUAGUUCGAAUGGAGACGAUGAUGAAUUCGCUGCACAUUUGACGCUCUAUGAGAGCCGUUUGCAGAAUGCGUUAAAAACGCUUAUCAAGCUGCUGUUAACCACCGGCAAGGAUCCCAAGCAGCUGUCGGCAUUGUACAAGCGCAUGUAUAUGGAAACCUUGACUGGGAAACAUGGCAUAGGCGCACAGCAAUCGGCAGCAGCAGAAGCAGCAACCAUUGCAUCUAUAGCACAAGCACAACAUUUGCACACGCUGCUAAGCCGGCUGAACGCUAUGUGCAAUGCUCAGCUGGCCAACGACUAGUCUGACAAUAGUACGUGUCAAUAACUUAAUUUCAAAUUAUGCAUCUGUAUGGGUGUAUUUUUUUUAUUGCUGAUCAUUUAACCACGCCUCUGGCAACCACAAUCGCUGGCCAAUUGCUCGUCAUUGCAUUCAGCAGCAGCAGCAGCAGCAGCAAUCAACAUUGCAGCCAGCGCCAACCACACAGUUGCUUGGAACAACUGAAAAAGGAAAUCAGUUAACAGUGCUUCAAUGCUUAUGUUAAAUUUGAAAUCUCUUACCUUUACGCUCAGCUUAGGCAUUUUAUAAACAGCUUUGUAGCUCGGCCUCCGGUGCGGCUCUUUAUAAAGUCUCUUGGCACGUGACGCACAUCAAGAUUAUCAAGUUGCUGGUGUCGCUGCUACUGCUAUACACAUCUGUGCUCUCUCAGGUUAACAGUUGCUCUUUUAACUAUUGUGCUAAUCGCGCCUAGAGUUGUGAGAGAUGCCUCAACAUUCUUAGCAUAUAUUUCCUUAUACUUAUGAAGUUUACCUAUGAAAUAAUUAGUAAUUUAAGCUUUGUGCUUAUAACUUGAAUAUGUUGUAAUGCUUGCUUAAUUUUUAAGAACAAUCUCCAGAUACAUAUUUAUAAGUAAAUGCAUUGUAUGAAUUUUGUUAAUAAACCUAAACCAUUGAGUUUCAAUAGACUUUUAAUUACGUUCUGUCAAUGUC